GGCUUUUGGCACGAGUCCAAUAUCUCACGCGGUUGUUUUAGCACUAACAUCUUCUUGGGCCCAUCGAAAAUCGUUGCCCACGGAAUUCAACCCUGAAAAGUCACAAUCAAACAAACUUCAAAUUUCCAAAACCGUUGAACCGGACACUAGUUUCAGGGACCGGAAUCAAUUGACAGAUGCCCUUUCGACGCUCGCAUCUCUGCCACGUAGCCAUUUACGUUUUCUAGCCAAGUGACCCUCUUCACCUCGCCGAAGCUUUUGCCAGCUUCAUCUUUUUUGCGGCCAUUAGUUUUUAACCCUUCAUCGUCAUCUGGAUUUCUUCCUUUUCUCAGAGUUUGUUUGUGUCGUUUUAAAUUUUUAAUAUAAACUGAGAUGGCUUCGACCACUCUAAUCUGCGACACCGAGCCAUGGAAGGACUUGAAGACUCAUGUCGAGGACAUCAAGAAAAGUCAUCUUCGUGACUUGAUGAACGACAAAGAGCGAUGCCAAUCGAUGAUGGUUGAGUUCGAUGGAAUGCUUUUGGAUUACUCAAGGCAACGCGCCACUCUUGAUACCAUGGAUAAGCUCUAUAAAUUAGCAGAGGCUGCUUCUCUCAAACAACAAAUUAACCGAAUGUACAGCGGCGAGCAUAUAAAUAGUACAGAAAAUAGGUCACUGCUUCAUGUAGCUCUCUGUGCACCAAGGGAUGCGGUUAUAUAUAGUGAUGGAAAGAAUGUGGUGCUAGAUGUUUGGAAUGUUCUGGAAAAGAUCAAGGAUUUUUCGGAGAAAGUUCGCAGUGGCUCAUGGAUCGGAUGUACUGGAAAACCACUGAAGGAUGUUAUUGCAAUUGGUAUUGGUGGCAGUUUCUUAGGUCCUUUAUUUGUUCAUACUGCUCUCCAAACACACCCUGAGGCUGUUGAAUUUGCAAAAGGAUGCCAGCUACGUUUCCUUGCAAAUGUGGAUCCUAUUGAUGUUGCUAGGAAUAUCACGGGAUUAAACCCCGAAACCACUCUUGUUGUCGUGGUUUCGAAGACUUUCACAACGGCUGAAACUAUGUUGAAUGCUCGAACAAUGAGGGAAUGGAUUUCAUCUGCUCUUGGGCCUUCUGCAGUUGCAAAACACAUGGUGGCAGUCAGUACCAAUCUAAUGCUUGUUGAAAAGUUUGGCAUUGAUCCUAAUAAUGCAUUUGCAUUCUGGGAUUGGGUUGGUGGUCGUUACAGUGUUAGCAGUGCUGUUGGAGUGUUGCCUUUGUCUCUGCAGUAUGGUUUCCCAAUAGUAGAAAAGUUCCUAAAGGGGGCUUCAAGUAUUGAUCAACAUUUCCACUCAGCUCCUUUUGAGAAGAAUAUACCUGUGCUUUUGGGUUUACUCAGUGUUUGGAAUGUUUCAUUUCUUGGAUAUCCUGCAAGAGCCAUUUUACCUUACUCCCAGGCCCUCGAGAAAUUUGCUCCGCAUAUUCAGCAGGUCAGCAUGGAGAGUAAUGGCAAGGGGGUGUCAAUUGAUGGCGUGCCACUUCCUUAUGAGGCUGGUGAAAUUGAUUUUGGUGAACCUGGAACAAAUGGCCAGCACAGCUUUUAUCAACUAAUCCACCAGGGACGUGUAAUUCCAUGUGAUUUCAUUGGUAUUGUGAAGAGCCAGCAACCUGUGUACCUUAAAGGUGAAGUGGUGAGCAACCAUGAUGAGCUCAUGUCCAACUUUUUUGCAUAGCCGGAUGCCCUCGCAUGUGGGAAGACAGCAGAGCAGUUGUUGAAGGAGAAUGUUGCACAGCAUCUUAUUCCUCAUAAGACAUUCUCAGGGAGUCGGCCUUCUCUCAGUGUUUUGCUUCCAUCUCUGAAUGCUUACAAUAUUGGGCAGCUGUUGGCGAGCUAUGAACAUAGAAUUGCUGUGGAAGGUUUUAUUUGGGGCAUUAAUUCUUUUGAUCAGUGGGGAGUUGAGUUGGGGAAGUCACUAGCUACUCAAGUCCGAAAACAGCUUCAGGCAUCACGUACGAAAAAGGAACCUGUAGAGGGCUUUAAUUUCAGUACUACAACAUUGUUAACAAGAUAUCUAGAGGCAAGUUCUGAUAUCCCAGCUGACCCACCUACUCUUCUACCAAGGAUAUAACUGCCUUGAUGCAUUGGCUUUAUUCGAAAUAUGCCUCGCACUGCAUAGCUUCAUCUGUACUUGUCAUGCUUGAAAUUUUCCCAGUGGUAAGAAGAUUUUGUGAUUUUGUUUUUUUGGUGUAUACGGAGAUCCAUUGAAUCUUUUUGGGUUAUACAAUGGAUUUAAUAAGUCUACAGCGUUAGACAUGGAAUAUUUGCUUGAGGCUCUGUAGCAGAGAAUAAAUUAACUUGUUUUAGACAGCAUAUGAUUGCUUGGUUUUUCAAUUGUUUAUA